AUGUAUGAGCUAUACCGAGAUGAAAAUAAAUGGAGACAUACGGCCAGCAUGAGUACAUACGGUUGUGUAUUCAAAACUUUGAAUCUGUCCUUCCACCAUCCCAAAAAGGAUCAAUGUAGCUUGUUCCUUACCUACAGAAAUGCCAAUGAUGAAGCCAAAAUCACUCUAGAGGAAAAGUACAAUAAACAUAUUUCAGAGAAAAAAAGAGUAAGCUAUUAUCCUACAAGUUAUAAAUCCUUGGAUAUCAUCUUAUUUCGUAGAUUCUCUAAUGUAUCCGUGAGACAAAGCGCCAUGUCACUGGGAAAAAGUAAACGACGCGAUUAUCAUUGUAUGCGUGAAGCAUCAUCAACGCCACAUUUGGCGACCACGUUUGCAGAUGUGCAGCGUUUGAACAGAGAACAGCUGAAGAACGAGAAACCGGGUAAGCAUACCAAGAAUUCUCAGAACAACGUAAAUAUGUAA